UCAGUCACUCAAAUGCUCAUGGCUUACCUGUCACGCCUUUCAGCUAUUGCUGGCAACAAGAUCAACUGUGGGCCUGCCCUUACCUGGAUGGAGAUCGAUAAUAAGGGAAACCAUCUUCUAGUUCAUGAGGAAUCAUCCAUCAACACACCUGCUGUUGGAGCCGCCCAUGUUAUUAAGAGAUACACUGCUCGGGCCCCUGAUGAACUAACCUUAGAGGUGGGAGACAUUGUUUCUGUUAUUGACAUGCCCCCAAAAGUGCUAAGUACAUGGUGGAGAGGCAAGCAUGGAUUUCAGGUGGGACUCUUCCCUGGUCAUUGUGUCGAGUUAAUUAACCAGAAAGUUCCCCAGUCAGUGACCAACUCAGUGCCAAAACCAGUGUCUAAAAAGCACGGCAAGCUCAUUACUUUCUUACGAACAUUCAUGAAGUCUCGUCCAACAAAACAGAAGCUAAAGCAGCGGGGAAUCUUGAAAGAGAGGGUGUUUGGUUGUGACCUGGGGGAGCACCUUCUGAAUUCUGGCUUUGAAGUCACUCAAAUGCUCAUGGCUUACCUGUCACGCCUUUCAGCUAUUGCUGGCAACAAGAUCAACUGUGGGCCGCCGCUUACCUGGAUGGAG